AUUGCUUCUGCUACAAAUUCAAUACACAUGAAUUAGGUUGGAGAGAGGGCCGAGGUGAGUGCAGAAAAGAUGGAGGUGACUUGGUAACCAUGGAAACAGAAGAGAAAUGGAAAUUCAUUAAGUCAAAGAUUCAAGGGAUCAAUAAGUAUCCCAAUGAAUGGUACAUUGGCCUGAAAAAGGAAGGAGGAGAAUGGAAAUGGGUGAACGAACAAAUACUUUCAAUAAACAAGUGGCAACCAGAAUGGAAUAGCAACAUUGAACCAAACGGUGAUGGGGAAUGUGUGAUUAUGGCUAAAAACUWUCCCCCCGGAACACAAGGACUGUUUAAAGACCUCACUUGUAAAUACGCAUUAAUGUUUGUGUGUGAGUACAGAAAAGGGAAUCCAAGAUGCAAGGACGGUUAUUAUCCACCUCGAUGUAACGAAACAAAUCUGGGAACCACUUCUGUAGAACCUACCAAAAAAACUAUUGCGGCUGCAACACAGCUAACCACCACCUUCAAGAAACAGAGAACAAAUCAAUCAAACUCGUAUAUUCACAGGGUUAGCCUCAUUUGGACGUCAGAAUAUUCAAAAAUGACCAACGAAAAUGGCUCUAUGUAUAAAGGUGGUUUUUGUGACAACUACUGCCAAAAAAUGGCCAAGCAGAAGUACAACUGCUGCCGGUUUAGUAACCUGUAG